AAAAGCGAUUAUGGUGAAGGAACAAUUCCGAGAAGCCGACGUGGCUAAGAAAAUAAGCCAUGUGACCUUUGGAUUGUUAAAUUCUCAUCAAAUGCAGCAGAUGUCCCAUUUACAUGUUGUCAGUAAAACUCUGUACAACCAAGAUGGCAGCCGGAAACCUGUUCCACAUGGUGUACUUGAUCAUAAGAUGGGCACAAGUGAGAAAGAUAAUAACUGUGAUACAUGUGGAAAAGGAUUGGCAGAUUGCACUGGACAUUUUGGUUACAUUGACCUUGAGCUGCCUUGCUUCCAUAUUGGAUAUUUCAGGGCAAUCAUCAAUGUUUUACAGAUGAUAUGCAAGGAGUGCAGUGGAAUUCUGCUUCAAUCAGAGAACAAGACACACUUCCUGGAAAGCAUCAAACGACCGCUCACCUACCUUCAAUGCAAGGCCAUGAAGAAAAAGAUUUAUGAUAAAUGCAGGAAAGUGUCCAUUUGUCCAUCCUGUGGUGCAUACAAUGGUAUGGUGAAGAAGUGUGGGUUGUUGAAGAUCAUCCACGAUAAAUACAAAACUGGACAUAAGGGCAAUGAAAUCAUCCGUUCCGACUUCCUAUCAUCUUUUCAAGAUGCAGUGGAGCAUGAUAGGGAGAUUGAGCCUCUUUUGAGCAAGACUCAGGUUAUACUAAAUCCAGUCAUGGUGCUGAAGCUGUUCCAGAGAAUCUCUGAUGAGGACAUGCCACUGCUGAUGAUGAAUUCAGAUAUUGCUCGACCUGAAGACCUCAUCCUUACAAGAGUUCUGGUACCACCUAUUUGUAUUCGGCCAUCAGUACUCUCUGACCUCAAGUCUGGAACUAAUGAAGAUGACAUCACUAUGAAACUGACUGAAAUAUUGUUCCUGAAUGACGUAAUUCAAAAACACAAGGCUACAGGAGCAAAGAUGUAUAUGAUUAUGGAAGACUGGGAUUACCUACAAUUACAAGUGGCAUUGCUGUACAACAGUGAGACAUCAGGCAUACCCAUACACAUGCAGCCGAAAAAGUCUACAAGGGGUUUUGUACAGAGACUGAAAGGGAAACAAGGUCGUUUCCGUGGAAAUCUUUCAGGCAAACGAGUUGAUUUCUCCGGGAGAACUGUUAUUUCCCCCGACCCCAAUAUGAGAAUAGAUCAGGUUGCUGUGCCUGUACAUGUUGCUAAAGUAUUGACAUACCCAGAGCGUGUCAACAAAGCCAACAUAAAGAUGCUGCGUAAACUGGUGAAGAAUGGGUGUGAUGUUCAUCCAGGAGCCAACUUUAUACAGCAGAGAAACCACAUUAAAAGAUUUUUAAAAUAUGGCAAUAGAGAAAAAGUAGCAAAGGAACUCAAAUAUGGUGACAUUGUUGAACGGCAUCUGAUAGAUGGUGAUAUUGUACUGUUUAACCGACAACCCUCACUACACAAACUCAGUAUACAGGCUUUUUACGCAAAAGUCAUGCCUCAUCGGACAUUUCGCUUCAAUGAGUGCUGUUGCAACCCCUUCAAUGCUGACUUUGAUGGUGAUGAAAUGAACCUGCACUUGCCACAGACAGAGGAAGCCAAGGCAGAAGCAAUAACUUUGAUGGGGUCUAAAGCUAACAUCAUAACACCAAGAAAUGGUGAACCAUUGAUAGCUGCCAUACAGGAUUUCAUCACAGGUGCCUUCCUUAUUACCCAAAAAGAUGUGUUCUUUGAUCGGGCUCGGACCUGCCAGUUGAUCUCGGCAAUGUUGUCUGGGACAGACAGUAACAUGGAGAUUAAUUUACCUCCACCAUGUAUCAUCAAGCCUUGUAAAUUAUGGACUGGCAAACAGAUAUUUGGUGUGCUGUUACGUCCAAAUAAAAAGUGUCCAGUGAGGGCGAAUCUUCGGACACGUGGGAAAAACUACUCUACGGGAGAGGAUCUUUGUUACAACGACUCAUUUGUGGUGAUACGCAACAGUGAACUUUUGUGUGGGUCAAUGGACAAAGGAACGCUGGGCUCAGGCUCAAAGAACAACAUCUUCUAUGUGAUCCUUAGAGACUAUGGUGAACAGUAUGCUGCCGACACGUUGGUACGCUUGGCCAGACUUUGUCCAGCAUUCCUCAGUAAUCGAGGUUUUUCCAUUGGUAUUGGUGACGUAACACCAGGCGUUGGAUUGGUCAAGGCCAAGAACCUACUUCUGGAGGAUGGAUAUUCAAAGUGUGACAGCUACAUUCGUGACCUGGAUGAAGGAAGGCUACAGACCCAGCCUGGUUGCAGUGAGGAGGAAACUUUAGAGGCUUGUAUUCUGAAGGAGCUGUCUGUGAUCCGAGACCAUGCUGGAAAGGCAUGUCUGAGGGAGCUACACAAAAGUAACAGUCCCCUGACUAUGGCUAUCUGUGGUUCUAAGGGAUCAUUCAUCAACAUAUCACAGAUGAUAUCCUGUGUAGGACAGCAGGCCAUAAGUGGAAAGAGGACACCUAAUGGCUUUGAAGAUCGCGCUCUCCCACACUUUGAAAAGCAUGCCAAAGAUCCGGCAGCAAGGGGAUUUGUAGAGAACAGCUUCUACACUGGUCUGACUCCAACAGAGUUUUUCUUUCAUACCAUGGCUGGUCGGGAGGGCCUGGUGGACACAGCAGUCAAGACAGCCGAGACUGGUUACAUGCAGCGACGACUGGUAAAGUCACUUGAAGACCUGUGUUCACACUAUGAUCUGACGGUUCGAAGUUCUACAGGAGACAUCGUCCAGUUCUUAUAUGGUGGGGACAGUCUUGACCCUGCAUGUAUGGAAGGCAAGGACACACCAAUAGACUUCAAGCGUGUGUUUGAUCAUGUCAGGGCGAACACUAGGAGAACUUGUCAUGGAGAGAAGUCACUCAGCGGUCAAAACAUGAUCCAACUGGUCGAGCAGAAAUUGGCAACAGACAUGUUAAAGACUUGUAGUGCAGAAUUCAAGAAUGACCUCAUGGACUUUAUGAAGAAGAUGGCUCAUAGCAUUGACAAGACUAGAGAAAAGUUUGGUGUUAUUGAUCAACAGGGGAUGCAGCUGCCAGGAGUGUUGUUUGAGAUGGAGAGAGUGACAGAAACGCAACUUGACCACUUUCUAUCCUGUUGCAAGCAUAAGUUUAUGAGAGCCCAAAUAGAACCAGGGACAGCAGUUGGAGCGGUAUGUGCACAGAGUAUUGGGGAGCCAGGCACACAGAUGACACUGAAAACGUUCCACUUUGCCGGUGUUGCUUCUAUGAACAUCACACAGGGUGUGCCGAGGAUAAAAGAAAUCAUCAACGCCUCCAAGAUCAUCAGUACGCCUAUCAUCACUGCACAGCUGGAAGUGGAGAAUGAUGCUGAAUUUGCACGUGUUGUGAAAGGACGCAUUGAAAAGACUACAUUGGGAGAGGUUUCAGAAUAUAUGGAAGAAGUCUUUUUGCCAGAUGACUGCUUCAUGUUGAUCAAAUUGGAUUUAGAAAGGAUACGUCUGCUCAAGCUUGAAGUCCAUGCUGACAGUAUCAAGUUUGCCAUUUGUAGCUCUAAGCUCAAGGUGAAACCUCAGCACAUUCAGAUCCAUAGUGAGGCUGUCAUCACCGUUCAGCCGAACGAAACAUCCAAGAGCUCCAUGUACUAUGUUCUCCAGACACUGAAAAAGGAGUUGCCAGAUGUGAUGAUCAAGGGCAUACCAUCAGUAACUAGAGCUGUGAUACAUAUAGACGACGGAGAGGGUGAUAAAUACAAACUAUUAGUGGAGGGGGACAAUCUGCGGGCUGUGAUAGCAACCCCUGGUGUUAAGGGUACUCAUGUGUCCUCCAACAACACAUUGGAGGUAGAAAAAACACUUGGCAUUGAAGCUGCUCGCACUACCAUCAUGAACGAGAUCAACUACACUAUGUCAAGUCACGGCAUGAGUAUCGACAUCCGCCAUGUCAUGCUCUUAGCUGACCUUAUGACCUUUAAGGGUGAAGUUUUAGGGAUUACUAGAUUUGGGUUGGCUAAGAUGAAGGAGAGCGUCCUCAUGCUGGCUUCGUUUGAGAAGACAGCAGACCAUUUAUUUGAAGCUGCCUAUCAUGGACAGAAAGACACAAUCAAUGGUGUGAGUGAAUGCAUUAUCAUGGGAAUCCCAAUGGGUAUUGGAACAGGACUAUUCAAGCUACUACACAAAGCAGAGAAAAAUCUUAAACCUCGGCGGCGCCCCCUUGUAUUUGACAGAACAGAAUUUCACCUUCCAAUGGUAUCCUGAUAUUGUCUUGAAAAAGAACUGUAGAUGAAUAUGACAGCCAAAGUGACAAGUUUGAUUGUAGUAAGAGAGAGUGCUAUGGAGAUGUGAAGUAUUUAUAUUGUUAAAAGUCCUGUUUGGAAGAGUAUGGAGUGUGGAUGCUGUUUAAGGUGUACAAGGCUGUGAAUAUGAAAUGCGUUUCCCUCUUCACAUGGUAAGUUUCAGAUAUAUAUAUGCCGAGUCAAAGCUACAUUUUGAUAAAGGUUAAGGGUGUAUGCUAUAUCAAACUUUAUUUGUUAUAUGAUUUUCUGGUCUAUAUGUGUUUACAUCACAGGUCUGUUUUAACAAUUACUGGACCUAUGUGGUGUGUAUCUGGUGUAUAUGAUAUGGAAAGCUUGUGAUGAAUAUCCUGUGUUGUUUCAUCACAGAUCUGUUUCAAUGACGAGUAAAGAUGUAUAAGUUGAUAUAAGAAAGUACUGUGAGACAUGCUCCUUUGAGUCAUGUAGGUAUGCUCUAUUAAAGUCCUGUUCCAUCAAUUAGACAUUUAUAUUUAUUGUUAAGUCUUUGAAUGCGGUAAUGAAUGGAGGACGAUUGUUGUGAAG